AUGUCCAUUCUUCCACCGACCCAGGACUCGGUGUCAGAAUCAUCCGUUGGCAAAUCUGUACCCGUCAUCAAGGUCGACAUGGGAGCGUCUGUCAUUCACGAUGAGCCCAUGUCCGGAUCUGACAUGAUCCCCGUCGAGGAGCAGCCUCGAUGGCCCAAGAUUCGGUCCAUUUGGCAGGAUGCGUUUUCCGAAUUCUUUGGAACCAUGAUUCUCCUCUUGUUUGGCGACGGCGUCGUUGCCCAAGUCGUUCUCAGCAACGGCACCAAGGGCAACUACCAGAGUAUUUCAUGGGGCUGGGGCAUCGGCGUCAUGCUUGGUGUAUACGUUGGCGGCAAGUCGGGCGGCCACAUCAACCCGGCCGUGACGCUGGCCAACUGCGUGUAUCGCGGCCACCCGUGGCGGAAAUUCCCAGUCUACGCGCUGGCCCAGCUCCUCGGCGCCAUGGUCGGCGCCGCCAUCGUCUACGGCAACUACCGCUCUGCCAUUGACGCCUUUGAGGGCGGCGCGGGCAUCCGCACCGUCAGCGGCCCCAAUGCCACCGCCGGCGUCUUUUGCACCUACCCUGCCCCCUUCAUGACCCGGACCGGCAUGUUCUUCUCCGAGUUUGUCGCCAGCACGAUUCUCCAGUUUGUCAUCUUUGCCAUGGCCGACAGCAACAACAUUGGAGCCGGGCCCCUGAUGCCCCUGGGCCUCUUCUUCCUCAUCUUUGGCAUUGGCGCUUGCUUCGGCUGGGAGACUGGCUAUGCUAUUAACCUGGCUCGCGACUUUGGUCCCCGUCUGGUCACCUACAUGAUUGGCUAUGGCCCCGAGGUGUUUUCCUUUGGCGGCUACUACUUUUGGAUUCCCAUGGUUGCCCCUUUCCUGGGCUGCCUCGCCGGCGGCGGUCUCUACGACCUCUUCAUCUACACGGGCGAAUCGCCCAUCAACUCCCCCUACCUUGGAUUCAACCGGCUCCUCAAACCCCGCCGCAGCGUGUGGUCAAACACGUACAACAAGUCUCCAGAGUCCAAAGUAUAG